CGUGUUUCACUGGGACAAUAGUGAGUGGCGCACACUUCCUUCGCCCGGCCACAGAAGACAAAAAAGAGUUGCUGGUGUAACAAUAGGAAGAAUAUAUUCCACUCCUCUCUUGUACACGCGGCUUAUGAGAUGAACGCUCGUCAAGAAGAACGUCCCCUUCAGCAGCAGGAGGAUCCACAGCCCCCCCACAUUAAAGAGGAAGAGGAGGAAGUCAGGAGGGAGAGUGUCCUGUAGGGCAGGAGGAGGCUGAUGUCAGCAAGUUUCCACUGACUGUUGUCUCUGUGAAGACUGAAGAGCAUGAAGACAAACCACCUGAGUCCUCACAGCUUCAUCACAGUCCAAGGAGGUGGUGAAACAUCUGGUUGACUGGUGCAGAACCAACAACCUGGUCCUGAACGUCGACAAGACCAAGGAGAUCAUCGUUGACUUCAGGAAGCACCGGUCCAGCCACACUUCACUCUUCAUCAACGGCACAGCGGUGGAGAUGACGUCUGUGAAGAACAUCUUCUCCCUGAGCAACAGAAGUGGAGCUUCAGGAUGGAGCCACAGCCCUCCCACAUUAAAAAGGAAAAGAAACACCCACUGAUCCCCCAUUUUAAAGCGGAAGAGGAUGACCCACUGACCACUCACAUCAAAGAGGAAGAAGAGGACUCAUUGACCCCCAAUUUUAAAAAGGAAGAGGAGAAGCCACUAAUAACCCAUUUUAAAGAGGAAGAGGAGGACCUACUGACCCCUCACUUUAAAGAGGAAGAGGAGGACCAAGAGCCGCCGCACAUUAAAGAGGAAGAGGAGGAAGAGGGCAUCAGUCAGCCUAAAUGGUUGGAGGAGUUCCCAGUGACUGGUGUCCCUGUGAAGAGUGAAGAUGAUGAGGUGAAAGGUGAAAGUGAGGAGAGGGGAGGGGGGGAGCCUCCAAGCAGCAGCUCAACACAACACAUGACAACAGAAGCUGAUGGAGACCACUGUGGAGGAUCACAAGCAGACAAGCUCUUAGCUCCACUAUCAGAUAGUGAGGACACAACGUCACACUCUCCUGACACUGAUGAUGAAGACUCUAAAGAUGAUAAGACAUGUCACACUGACAACACUCACUUCACAUGUCCUCACUGUCACAAAACUUUUAAAUACCAUUGUCGUCUGAAAUCACACAUGAGAACACACACUGGAGAAAAACCUUUCUCUUGUUCAAUCUGUGGUAAAGGUUUUACACAAAGUAUCAAUUUGAAAGUACACAUGAGAACACACACUGGUGAAAAACGUUUUUCCUGUUCAACCUGUGGUAAAGGUUUUACACAAAGUCAGAGUUUGAAAAUACAUAUUAGAACACACACUAGAGAAAAACCUUUUUCUUGUUCACUCUGUAGUAAAGGUUUUACACAAAGUAUCAAUUUGAAGGUACACAUGAGAACACACACCAGUGAAAAACCUUUUUCCUGUUCAAUCUGUGGUAAAGGUUUUAGAGAAAGUCAACAUUUGAAAAGACACAUGAGAACACACACUGGUGAAAAACCUUUUUCAUGUUCAAACUGCGGUAAACAUUUUACUCAGAGGCCAGAUUUAAAAGUACACAUGAGAACACACACUGGAGAAAAACCUUUUUCAUGUUCUAUCUGUGGUAAAGGUUUUACAAGAAGUCAACAUUUGAAAGUACACAUGAGAACACACACUGGAGAAAAACCUUUCUCUUGUUCAAUCUGUGGUAAAGGUUUUACACAAAGUAUCAAUUUGAAAGUACACAUGAGAACACACACCAGUGAAAAACCUUUUUCCUGUUCAAUCUGUGGUAUAGGUUUUAGAGAAAGUCAACAUUUGAAAAGACACAUGAGAACACACACUGGUGAAAAACCUUUUUCAUGUUCAAACUGCGGUAAACAUUUUACUCAGAGGCCAGAUUUAAAAGUACACAUGAGAACACACACUGGAGAAAAACCUUUUUCAUGUUCUAUCUGUGGUAAAGGUUUUACAAGAAGUCAACAUUUGAAAGUACACAUGAGAACACACACUGGAGAAAAACCUUUCUCUUGUUCAAUCUGUGGUAAAGGUUUUACACAAAGUAUCAAUUUGAAAGUACACAUGAGAACACACACUUGUGAAAAACGUUUUUCCUGUUCAACCUGUGGUAAAGGUUUUACACAAAGUCAGAGUUUGAAAAUACAUAUUAGAACACACACUAGAGAAAAACCUUUUUCUUGUUCACUCUGUAGUAAAGGUUUUACACAAAGUAUCAAUUUGAAGGUACACAUGAGAACACACACCAGUGAAAAACCUUUUUCCUGUUCAAUCUGUGGUAAAGGUUUUAGAGAAAGUCAACAUUUGAAAAGACACAUGAGAACACACACUGGUGAAAAACCUUUUUCAUGUUCAAACUGCGGUAAACAUUUUACUCAGAGGCCAGAUUUAAAAGUACACAUGAGAACACACACUGGAGAAAAACCUUUUUCAUGUUCUAUCUGUGGUAAAGGUUUUACAAGAAGUCAACAUUUGAAAGUACACAUGAGAACACACACUGGAGAAAAACCUUUUUCAUGUUCAAUCUGCGGUAAAGAUUUUACUCGAAGGGAAAAUUUCAAAAAGCACAUGAGAAUACACACUGGAGAAAAACCUUUUCCUGUUCAAUCUGCAGUAAAUAUUUUGCGCAACGACACUAUUUGAAAGAACACGUGAGAACACACACUGGAGAAAAACCUUUUACAUGUUCAGUAUGUUGUAAAAGUUUUUUACAAAGUCAGCAUUUGAAAAGACACAUGAAAAGACACCCAGGAGAGAAAGUGUUGAGUUGCAGUGUGU